AUGCUCAUAGGCCGUCCAUGCUCUGAUGUUAGCAUACACAUUCUCCAUACUGAUUUCGACACAUUUCUCAUAGCACAACUCAAGAAAAUUCGCAGUUUAGUCAUAGGGGGCGCUUUGGAGUAUGAUAACUUUGUCUCAUUACUAAGACUUCAAGAGGGUGCUUUCAAGUUAUCGACAAAGGAUCUGCGAUCAUCCGUCGCCCGAGAGGCUUGUGUAACUAUGAGCUACUUAUCAACCGUUCUGAAAAAUCAGUUUGAUCACACGGCAGAAGCCGUCUUGCCAACUCUUAUCAACUUGAUCACAAACAGCGCGAAGAUCAUGGCAACUUCUGGACACGCAUGUAUCAGGUUUAUUCUAAAGAAUACACACAAUCAUCGACUUAUUCCUAUUCUAACGAACAAUAUGACAUCAAAGUCGAGCAUCAUAAGAAGGCGUUGCUGCGAAUAUCUUGAUCUACUUCUCACUCAUUGGGACACCUCCACAAUAAAACCCCGUGUUAGUGAAAUAGAAGAAGCGAUACGGAAAGGAAUUUCUGAUGCAGAUCCUGAGGCUAGGGCAGCCACACGAAGGUCUUUCUGGCACUACCACGAACACUUUCGAGACAAGGCAGAGAACUUGUUAAAGUCAUUCGAUGCCUCCAAGCAGAAGCAAUUGGAAAACGACCGUAAUCUUUCCAACCUCGGUCCAGCAAAAACUUCGUCGUCCGGUCGAUUUGUGUCUGUUAAACCAAGCAAACCGGCACCCGGUAACCGAGUGCGUUCAUCAAGUGCUGCAAGUGAAGACGGCACAACGAGUUCGCGUCACACCGCGCCAUCCCGUCAGACAGUAGGAGCUUCGAGCCGGGCGGCGAGAACCAAUCACAGAGAAGAUUCCCGUCAUGCCGUGGCGUCCAAGACUCCAGGAUCCCUUCUGUCUCCCAUGGCUGCUCUGGGCCGCUCCCUCAGUAACAUUGAUCAGCGGUCCACUGAACGAGCCAGCGCGCGCUCCAAGACCCGGCCAGCGUUACCCCGCGUGUCGCCUCCAAAUCACCACGUGCAACAGCGGCAACCUCGGACCCAGUAUCCGUCAAGGGGCACAGUAUCUCAACCUGGUAGUAGAUCUCAAUCCCCCGAGCGACUGCUGUCCACGUUUCCUCCCAGAGAGAGGUCUGAGGCAUACUGUCGAAGAGAAAGCUUAGCAGGGAGGACAAAAAUACCCACUCCAAGUGUUUCUCGGCAUAACAGCAACGAGGCUCUGGCUGGCAUUGGCUGCCAGUCGCCCCAAUCCCCUCCCUCUAGCUCUCCUUCUUUACUCCCUGUUCGAAAACCUCUUAUUUCUCGACAUCUUAGCUUCGAGUUUCUGCCCAGACCGCUUCCUAAUCCUUCUAUCUCCUAUAUUCCUGUUCCCAGUUUUCGCGCGCGAACCGCGUCUCAAUGCAGCUCACGCGCGAGUUCACGAGCGAGCUCACGCGGAGCGAGUCGAGACACGAGUCCUGACAGGAGAGGAGACAGGCGGUUGAGUGUGGAAAGAGGUUACAGUCCUAGUCACUUGCCCGUGAUGAAAAAGACCAGUCCAUUACACAAUCCUCCUCUGGCGAAACAGUCAGGUCAAGGUGAGCCCACAGCUAAAGGCGUCACUGAAGCAGCGGUUUGGGACGCUUGGCAUAAAAGUCCUUCCAGGAGGAAAUAUUCAUUUGGUUCAACAAACUCGCAGUGUUCUGAUGAUGAUGAUAGUGAUGUAGCGAGUAUAUCAUCAGAGAGGUCUUACAGCUCUAAAGGAUCUCGAAAUCAUCAUAAAGUAUUGGAACCUGGAAACGAGGUGGCAGAGAUCGUUCGUUUAACCAGCAGUAAUGUAUGGUCCGAUAGACGGGACGGUGUCAUAUGUCUUCAAAGUUUUCUUCUAAACUCUGGCGUUCUCAGCCAAAUAGAUCUUGGACGGAUAAAGGAAUGUCUCACAAGAUUGUUUUUCGAUCCACACAAUAAGGUAAAACAUCAUCUGUAACGGAUUAUUAGUAUUUUACUUAUUAUUUUAUUUCAAACCUUGUUUUAGCAUACGGUGCAGAAGACUUCACUCCCACUGGCUUCACUUAAAGGGGCCUGGUCAGCCACACCUUUGUUUUUGUUUACAUGCGAGAGUUUGGCUAUCAUAUUUUAUUCGGAGCAUGUCGAAACGAAGGAAAUCACUGUGAAACUACUUAAGAUAACUAAACAUACUAUCAG